UUCAGACGUUCAGACCGAGGAAGUCGAUGAUGUCUAUAGUACACAACUGUUGUACACAACUGUGCCGACACCGAGAACAAGUCUCUCGUCGUUCAGUUAGUCGGUGUUUUGGAGUUUCAGCUCAGAGUCUCAAUAAAGUGACGAAGAGUUCACUUCACGUCUACUUACGAGCUUUAAAAGUUGGGUAACUGAGCUGAGUUUCCUCGGCCGUCUCGGUAAGUCAUGUUGACCACGUUUUCCUUCCUGCCAGCCGCCCUUCGGCUCUCCUAGCCGGGGUGGAAAUACAUGGGGACCCGUAUCACGAGAAGAUGGAGGAUUUGACCGUAGACUGUCAUGGCUUCUGUGAAGGAGUGUCGUUACACCAGCGGCCGUUUCCUUGGAGGAUGGGGCCCGCUGCUGUGUGUGCUCAUCGGCUUUCUGAUGGCCGUCCUGAUGCCCCUGGUGGGGGAGGGGGACCAGUGCUGCUCCGCCCUGAAGGGCUUCGCGCAGCUCCGCUGCCAGCUGUGGGGGAGCUCCCAGCAGCCUCCAGCUGUGCAGUCCACCAGCCUCACUGUCACGUUCACGGCCCUUGAUGUGCUGCCUCUGAGGUCCAAGCCGAGCAAAGAGAUCGAGCUGGAGGCCAAAGCGGCACUGCAGCUGGCACUUGAGAUGAGGAAACUGGGGAAGAGGGAGAAGGCUCACAAGCUGCUGGUGCAUGCGCUCAGCAUGAAUCCAGACUUUGUGGAUGCCCUGACGGAGCUGGGGACCAUUCUGGAAGAGGAGAAGGAUGUGGUCCAGGCAGACCACCUCUACACCAAGGCCUUGGCCAUCUCGCCGUGUAACGAGAGAGCUCUGGUCAGCCGGGACCGAACUCUUCCCCUGGUGGAAGAGAUUGACCAGCGUUACUUUAGCCUCAUUGACAGUAAAGUUCGCCGGCUUAUGUCCAUACCUAAAGGCAACUCUGCACUCCGCAGGGUGAUGGAGGAAACGUACUACCACCACAUCUACCACACGGUGGCCAUCGAAGGCAACACGCUCACUUUGUCCGAGAUCCGUCACAUCAUCGAGACUCGUUACGCAGUCGCUGGGAAAACCCUGCAUGAGCAGAAUGAGGCCAUUGGUGUAGAUGCAGCCAUGAAGUACAUCAACACCACACUGUUGUCCAGAACAGGAACCAUGACUGUCAGUGACAUCCUGGAGAUUCACCGGCGGGUGCUCGGGUAUGUGGACCCCGUGGAGGGAGGGAGACUGCGCACCAGCCAGGUGUUUGUGGGCCACCACAUCCCUCCACACCCUGAGGACCUGCAGAGGCACAUGCAGGAGCUGGUUCAAUGGCUCAACACUGAGGAGGCCCUGCAAAUGCAUCCAGUGGAGUACGCAGCUCUCGCCCACUACAAACUGGUCUACGUGCACCCGUUUGUGGACGGAAACGGACGCACGUCACGGCUGCUCAUGAAUGUCGUGCUCAUGCAAGCGCGAUACCCACCGAUCACUAUUCGCAAAGAACAAAGGGCUGAGUAUUAUGCAGCUCUAGACACAGCCAACGAGGGGGAUGUACGGCCGUUCAUUCGCUUCAUAGCCAAAUGUACAGAGAUGACAUUGGACACACUGCUGAUUUCUACAACUGAGCAUGCUGUGGGGCUGCCGGGAACCAGCCAGGACCACGCCUGCCCUGACUGCAAACAGACUAUCCCGAUUCACAACUGACCUGGAGACGGGAGGAGAAUCUAAAAGCUCUUUGAGAUCAAUCGUAUUAUGUUGUGUUUUGAAUUGCCUCGUCCUUUGGCGCUGUCCCUUUAUCGCCUCGCUUCAGUUAUGCUCAAUUCAUUGGGAUUCUCCAGGAUAGUAAAUUGAUUUUGCUGUUACGAUUCUUCCUUUUUUCUUUUCCACUUUUAGUGUGUAACCAUAUCCCCAUAGGAGUGAUAAUGGAUUUUCAUUACCAUCAUGAAAGUUUGACUACUGGUGACGUGAGGAGGCAAGAUAGAUGUCUUGUCAUUUGACUUGAGGCGGUGAAGUUUGUGUGAACUCAGAUGAUCGACCUUUGGGAUGGAGAUGAUGUCUUGUAACACUGUUAUUAUUUAUUUUAAAUUUAAAAGUGUUAUAUUAAACUGUUUUAGAAUUGACAAACUUGUGUAAUAUUGGGAACUAAGAUUAUUUACAUGACUUUAUUAAAACAAGUUUUAGACUCUCAAAAAAACAUGACACUUUUU